CUAUGCUGUAUUGGCUGAACACUCCGCCCAACAUCAACAGCUAUUAUGAGUUCAGGGAAUUUCAGGCGGCCUGCAAGAAGUAAAAUCUUAUUGUAACUCCACAAAGAAGAAAGGCGGAACGAUGAUAUGUAUUAGCUUAACGAAGAUGGUUCUUACGUUGCUAGCGGCUAUUGUCCUGUCGCCAUAUGUCAUCCAACGUGCCUGCACUUCGCGGUCUACGCGGCCCAGCGCCUCCGUGUGCAUGCAUCGCUACAACCCCAAUAAAUAAUUAUGAUAGUACCCAUCAACAUGCCAACAGUAUUCAAUCUGAAACCGAUUUUAACUGCUCUUACCACCAUGGGACUUAAACUUUGGAUAUCAUAACAUACGUAACUUAUUCAUGAGAUUCUGAAACUAUGCUUCCGUUUCCAUAACUAAACCGAAGCCUUAUCCGGUUACACAACAUGACCACUUCAAAAUAAUGGAGAAUUUACUAAAUAUCUAGAUCAAAAUAACCGCCAGUCUACUAAACCUGAUUUCACUAUUGAUAAGUUUUAAUCAACCACCUGCUUGUUUUCAAGAUAGCAGUAACGAAUUCAUCUGAAUAAGUAGCAUCGUGGUACGGGGCAGGAUGCAAACUCGCAUAUAUCAUGGCAAGAAGGCGCAUGCUCGCGAGUGCAAGUGCAAAAGGUGCUUCAAUCUCGGCUGCGUCACGUUGUGCUGCGGCUGUCACUGCGCGUGUAAAAGAACUACAGAUACUCCCAAUCAAAACGUGAUUACGUACUGAAGAAAUGGGGGACAUCACGAGCUUGGGAGCCAUGGCAAAGGUGGUCAUAGUGCUCUGCAUGUUGGUCGGAGCUCACCAGGCUUCCGCGGGUUGCAAACAUUGCUCACAGACCGUGGGCAAGGAAGAAAAGGCCAUGUUCCGCACCCACUCGGAUGCCUGCUUGGCCACAUCUAAAGCUGACCCCGCGCAAGUGGACGCUCUUAGUCGCGGUGAAUUCCUGGACACACCCCAGCUGAGGGCCCACGUGCACUGCGUGCUGAUGAAAUGCAAGGUGGUCGGCAAAGACGGCAAACUGCAGAAAACGGCCGUCCUUGACAAGCUCGCUGUGCGUGGGAAUGGAAAGGAUGUCGCUAAGAUCCUGGAGAACUGCGCUGAGCACCAGUACGGCGACGCGCCCGAGGAUCUGACCUGGAACCUGUUCCGAUGCGCCUACGACAAGAAAGCUAUUCUCUUCGAUUACAUGCCCAACGCAACGAGCAGUCUGCAUUGACUAAUACACAAAAGACAUCGUUUUUACGCUAGUAUUGCCUCAUCGCUAAAUGCCACUAUUGCUAUACUGUGUGUCUUGUUAUCAUUUCCAAUUCUGUUUGAAUUAUCAUUGCACUACGUCAACAAUGUAAAUUAGUUGUAUUUCCCCCAAAUAAAAUAAUAUCUCAAAAUCUC